GUUUAUUCUCGCGCAAAGCGUACGCCCAGUAGCUGCUUCAAGUUACUAGCCUGUGAGUGCAGUGAUUAAAAAGUUUAACUUUCAAUUUUCCACCGGAGGUGUCAAGUGUAGUCAAAGUCCGACAACAAUGAAAGUGCUGGCAUUAUUCACCAUUUCCGCCGUUUGCCUGGCUGGUGCAAUCCCGCUGGACGCGGUUCCGGCUUCGUCAGCCGUCGCCAUUGAACCCAGCGCCAGCAGAAAAACUGAAAAGCGUGGUAUCGGUCUGGGCUAUGGACUGACCGGGUUCGGUUAUGACGCCCCCCUCGGUUACUCGGCGAUCGGUUAUCAUCCGGGCGGCUACGUUGCUCCAGUUUCCGCCACUACCACUGUUAUCAAGGCUGGAUAUUCAGGCAUCCCGGCCGCCGCUAGUGCUGGUUAUGGUGGAUAUGGUUACCAUGGUUUCUAUCCGGGCUACACUACCGGUUAUAGCACCGGGUACAGUGGGCUUGGAUAUGGUGCCAUUCCGGCCGCCAGUGGAGCUAGCUACGCGAAGGUUGUCCAGCCGGCUACCACGGCCUACAGUAAGGUGAUCCAUACCUACCCGCAUUAUGGAUCAACGGUUGGUUCACCGGCUCUAGGUUACUCCGGAAUCGGGGGAUACCACGGAGGAUACGUGUACUAACUAGUGAACCUCGAAUGUUUCAUCGCCAUUCUGUAGAUAGGUUACCCCAAUCGUGUUACUAUUUAUUACGCUCCUAGAAUAUGUAUUUAAUAAGCAGAAGUAAUUGAGACGAGAGCGGAAUGAAUUUUUGCAAUAAAAUUCAA